AUGGACGUCAACGCAACUGUCUUUUUCAACGGAAUUUUAGAUUAUUUUUCAGUACAACGAUUUAUGUCUUAUGAAUUGGCUACGGUUAUUUGCAAGAUUGAUAUGUCAUGUGCCGUAAUAUCACUACCCGUUGCUUGCUUAACGUUACUUGUGAUGAGUAUUGAGCGUUAUCAUGCUGUUGCAAUAAUCCAAUUUCGAUCUGUGGAAUUAUCAACGGUUGGUGACAAUGUAGCGGUACGAAUUCCCGAUGUCGAUAGAGCUAAAGGGGAUCAUCGAAAUUUAAUUGCAGUUGUACUGGAAAGAACGGCUGAAGGAUAUUAUCGGUUAGGGACUUCAGCUGGAAUAUUGAAAUCGCUUUACUCGAUUGCGCAGUUCGAAUCUUGUGAGAAGCAUUUCAUGUCUCUUAAUGAUGUAUAUAAGAAUAAUCAGGUUUCGCUGCGUCAAGCAGCAACAUUUGUAUCAGUUGGGAAAGGUCAGGGAGUUUUCCAUCGUAACUGCAAACGUAAUUGUAGCAGUAAAAUUUGUAAAUGUCGCGCAUCUAUGGUAUUAUGUAAUUCAAGAUGCCAUCAGAGUAUGCCAUGCACUAAUAAGGGUUAA